GUCGAAGUUUGGGCUGUCAGCUGGCGGACUCAGGCGAGUGGUGGCGGCGGUGUUUCACGUUUUUUACCACUGUAAACAUUAUUUUGAUCCGUAUGGAAAUGGACGUGUAAGCUUGGCUCGGAUUCAAGAUGGUGAUACUACGUAGCAACGGCAAUGCUGGGGCUGAGCCUGGCACUACCCCGAAGAGAAGGUCCUCAGAGUUGGACACAAGCUCCGAGUUUCUGUCGCUCCUUCCCGCGUCCCAGAGAAAGACCGCCAGGGUGACGCGCUCCUCCCGGGUCCUGGAUGACAGUUUCAGCAGCCCUGAGAACAGCAGUGCUGCUAAUAGACACGAUAAAAAUGAAGACCAGAGCAGUCGGUCUCACACCAGGAGAGUUAAAUUGGAAGUGUCAUUUUCAAACAUGGAUGCAAAGACAAGCUCAUCAGCAAAUAAUGACAAGGCUGGCAUGUACUGCACCAGGAAAUCUCGUAGACUGCAGAAAGAGGAAAAAUCCUCAAUAGACAAAAAUUUAGGUUCAGAUAUCGAUGAUGAGGUGGAAGAGUCGUCAACUCCAAAAAGGAGCCGUUUUAACUUGAGACACAGAGAAACUGAGGAUGAGGAGGAAGAUCACACUGUGAGGCGUAGCUCACGGAUUACCAGGUACAGACUGAACUCGCGCAAACAGUCUGUGCUCUAUGAUCGUCUCAUAACAAACACUGCAGAAGCUGUUCUCCAAAAGAUGGAUGACAUGCAGAAAAUGAGACGCAGGAGGAGCAGAGAGACGAGAACACAAGAACAGGAGUUGGGAAUGUACACCAGAGGUAGACUUCGCUCGCUUAGAUCCAAUGUGGAGCGGAAAGAUAAAGAGGAAGAAAACCAGGAAGAGGAAGAUGAUGACAAUGAUGAGAAUGAACAGGAUGAAGAUAGGGAUGAUGAUGAUGAGGAGGAGGAGGAGGAAGAGGAGGAGGAUGACGAUGAUGGUGAAGAUGAAGAAGAGGAAAACCAAAAACGCUAUGACUUCAGACAACGAAAAACUGUGGUUCGCUACCAGGCUCCACAAGAAGAGCCCAGAGAGCCAAGGAAACGCAGUAUAUACGAUCACAGAUCACCAACCAGACGCAGGUUUAGAUUCAGCUCCACUGCCCCAAGAAGUCCUUACAGCAGGAGGAGAAGCAGCAGGAGUAGUUCUGAGAGACGACGACACGCCAUCCACAGCAGUGACUCCACUUCCUCAUCAUCAUCUUCAGAUGAUGAAAAAUUCCAGAGAAGAAGAAAUAAAAACAGGUCAAAGUCUGUCAACAGAUGUCUGCCUAUGAAUUUGGUCAAGGAAGACCUGCUUGGAAUCCAUAAAGACCGAAUGAAAAUUGGAGCAAGCCUUGCUGAUGUGGACCCAAUGCAAAUUGACAGAACAGUGCGCUUUGACAGUAUUGGAGGAUUAGGGAAACACAUCUCAGCCCUGAAGGAGAUGGUGGUCUUUCCACUUCUUUACCCAGAAGUCUUUGAGAAAUUUAAGAUACAACCACCAAGGGGCUGUCUGUUUUAUGGACCACCAGGUACAGGUAAAACCCUGGUUGCAAGAGCUCUGGCCAAUGAGUGCAGUCAGGGGGAAAGAAAAGUGUCCUUUUUCAUGAGGAAAGGGGCUGACUGCCUCAGUAAGUGGGUGGGAGAAUCUGAGCGACAGCUACGGCUCCUGUUCGAUCAGGCUUAUCAGAUGCGCCCAUCUAUUAUCUUCUUUGAUGAAAUCGAUGGUUUGGCUCCUGUUAGAUCAAGUCGACAAGAUCAAAUUCACAGUUCAAUAGUGUCCACUCUCCUUGCCCUGAUGGAUGGGUUAGACAGCAGAGGAGAAGUAGUUGUGAUUGGGGCAACAAACCGACUGGACUCCAUCGAUCCAGCUCUCAGACGACCUGGACGCUUUGACAGAGAGUUUCUAUUUGGACUACCAGACAGAGAGGCAAGGAAAGACAUCCUGAAAAUACACACUAGGCAAUGGACUCCGCCUCCUUCAGACAUUUUCCUUGAAGAACUGGCAGACAAAUGUGUUGGUUAUUGUGGAGCAGAUAUCAAAGCUGUCUGCUCUGAAGCAGCUUUAUGUGCAUUACGUCGUCGUUACCCACAAAUUUACUCCUCAUCUCAAAAACUGGUGCUUGAUGUCAACUCAAUUGCCAUUACAAGCAAAGACUUCAUGACAGCCAUGGCCAAGAUGGUGCCAGCUGCUCAAAGAGCUGUAGCAUCGCCAGCAAAAGCUCUAACCCCUGCUAUCCGUCCGUUGUUGAAUGCCGCACUACAAACCAUUCUUCAGACGGUUAACAAAUUGUUCCCACACGCUGAGCUGGGCCUAAAUAGAAAGCGAGAUCAAGAUCUUAAUUUGGGAUUGUCAGAAGAUGACUUGAUGUUCAGUGAUGAGGAAUCAGAGGUCUGCUCUUCUGGACAUGUCCAAACUGCAUCUGCUAAGGAAAUCUUCAACCUCAACAGGAGUGUGCUGAGCCAGCCCACAUCGUUUCGCCCAAGGCUGCUGCUUCAGGGCAGGCCAGGCUCCGGGCAGAGCUCCUACUUGGCGCCUGCUGUACUUCACGCUCUGGAGAAGUUUACCGUUUAUACUCUUGAUAUGGCUGUUUUGUUUGGGGCAAGUGCAACUGCCCCAGAGGAGACUUGUGCUCAGAUAUUUGUGGAGGCUAAGCGGACAUCUCCCAGUAUCUUGUACGUUCCACACAUUGGACAGUGGUGGGAAACUGUGGGCCCAGCUUUACGAGCCACCUUUCUCAGCCUUCUUAAAUCUAUACCUGCAUUUUCACCAAUACUGUUGCUUGCAACUUGCAGUCUUCAAUAUGACCAGCUCAGCACAGAGAUUCAGGAGUUAUUUCGAGUGGAAUAUAGGGAAGUUUUCCAGGUUCAAGUCCCUACAAGUAGAGAAAGGAGACACUUUUUUGAGGACCUAAUCCUCAACCAGGCAGCCAAGGCCCCUGCCUCCAGAAAGAAAGCAGUACUCCAUGCACUGGAGGUGCUCCCUGUUGCUCCACCUCCUGCUCCCCGUCAGCUGACUCCAGAAGAAAUGAAAAAACUGCAGGAGCAGGAGGAGGGCACACUCAGAGAGCUCCGUCUCUUCCUGCGUGAUGUGACCAACCGACUGUCCCAGGAUAAACGGUUCAAAGCUUUCACAAAGCCUGUGGAUCUAGAGGAGGUUCCAGAUUAUGCUGAAGUGAUUAAGAAACCCAUGGACCUCUCAACUGUCCUCACAAAGAUAGACCUGCAUCAGUAUGGGACAGUCAGAGAGUUUCUUCAUGAUGUGGAUCUCAUUUGGCAAAAUGCACUGGAGUACAACCCAGACAGAGACCCCUCAGAUCGUCAGAUAAGACACAGAGCCUGUGCAUUAAAAGACACAGUUCAUGCAAUUAUUAAAGAUGAACUGGAUGAAGACUUUGAAAAGAUAUGUGAAGAGAUUAAAGAAUCACGGCGAACAAGAGGUUGUGCCAGCACCGUGUUCGCUCCGUCCUUCUACCAUGUCCUUCCAAAACAGCCCAGAACUGGUGAAGCCAAGAUUAAUUCAACCCCACAAAGAGAAGAAGCCAGCACCACUUCUGCAGUCACUCCAGCAGCAUCUAUUACAACUGCUACAACCCCCAAAAGUUCAGGUCAAAAGAGGAGACGAAGGAGAAGACGCUGGGCUUCUGGAUUCAUUGCAAAAAGAAGGGCUUCCUCCUCUCUGCAUGUGGCUAAUGAUGACACGCAGUCUGACGAUGAGGAUGAGGAUGAGGAUGAUGAAGAUGAGGGUGACAAGGGAGGAGACAAGGCACAGGAUGAUGGAACAAACGGAAAACAGGAGAGCGUGGUGAUCAGUGUAGAGCCUGCAAAUGAACUGCAUCAUGAAAAAGAGGGGCAGAGCCGUCGGGCUGUUACAGAAGAUAAAGAAGGUGACACCUUAGAGGACAAUCGCGCUCAAAACAAAGAUGGAAGUGGGGACAAAAGUGAAACUGAAGUGGUAACACUAAUACAAAAUAAUAGCAAAGAAACAAAAGAGACAUAUGUUGAAGAACAGUCCGAGGCAUUACAAAGCAUUAAUGCUGUAGGUCAGUCAGACAUGGAAGUGGAGAAAACCCAGAGGUGUCAGCAACAAGGUGUAAAGGAAGCUCAGCCGAAGAGUCACAGCGAAGCAAUGGAGGUGGAUGAAACGUCAAAAGAGGAUGAUGGAGAACGGACUGUGAGACGCAUGACACGAGCUCUAAAAAUCACUGUUCAAAAGCAACAGAUGAUCAACGUGGAUCAAGUCUUGCAAAUUCUGGACAAGGAGACUCCCCCUCUGGAGGUGGACAGGGACAAACUAAAGGAGCUGCUGGAGAGGUUGGUGGUAAAGACUGAGAGCUAUGAGGUCCACCAGCUUGAAAAACUGUAUGCUCUUCUCUGUCAGACCAUCUACAGACACCGGCGGGAGUACAAUAAAACAGCACUUAUACAGGAGCUGGAAUAUGAAAUUGAAGACUUCUGUUGACAUUUCUACAGCUACAGUGUGUAAUUGCUAAUUAUUCUUUGUUAAAUGUAAAUAUUAACCACUAU